AUGGUUCGAAAUGGAAAGCAAUAUAAUAAAAUCAAUCGAAUCCCGUUGAUCAGCUCAGCCACAGUCAUCAUUUCACAUAUCGAAAGCCCCAGCUCGUUCUUUGUUCAACCAAAGAAUCACAUCACUGAUGAUCUAAUCUUAAGAGAACCAUCUGAACUGCCACUAAUGCCGUUGAGCUCUGAAAUGACAAAUGAUAGUUUAUUGGGUUACUAUUGCAUGGCUCCACUUGAAGAUUUGCUUGUAGAUGAUGAGAUUGUCAGGCAAUACGGAAGAGCAAGGAUCAUUGAUGUUAAUUUCUCAUUGGUUGAAGUUCGAUAUAUUGAUGAAGGGAAAACAGAAUGGGUCGAUCCAAUUUGUUUAGCUGAAAUGCCGGAAAAUUUCUACUAUCAUCCAUGGCAAACAAUUCAUUGCUGUCUGGGAGGUAUUAGCCCAACUGGUUUCCUUCUCGAGUCUAAUCCAGAACAGGAGUCUCGUGGAUGGACUGAAACCGAUGCCGAUCAUUUUCGACAAGUGGUCAACCGUUUUCCCCUAUUCAAGGUGGUAUCAAUCCAAGGCACGAACAUAUCCAAUGACAACUCGCGAGUUAACAUCGUUGAACUGUACGGCUUGGAGAAUUCGUUCUCCGUUUCGCAGAGAAUUUUGGAGACGGACAUAGUGACAUUUUUUCGAACGCAAGUUCGACCAUUAUCUUGGUCCGAUUCUGAUGUUGAACAAGUUCGAGAAAAAUUCGGGAAUUUAUUUAAAAAACAUUCAGUUGAAAAUCCAAAAAUUGACGUUUCUGACCUUCUUGUAUUGGAAAGAUUGUACACUGCGCCAAUAAAAAUUUUGGAAAUUGACGUGGCCGGGCUUUUUUCUGCAGAGUUCUUUCAAACAGUAAUCUACAGUCCUCUCUACAAUGCGUCAAUGUUUCCGAUUCCGGCUGGACCAAUAAACCAUCAACCAACCACCGUCAUCGAUCCCCGCUUUGAGGACUUUCCAUUGAGAUGGACUAGUGAUGAAAGAAAAGCUCCAAAUCGAAAAACGAUACCGAAAUCAUCAAUGGACACUGAUGGUUUCGGAGUAAUCUACUCAAGUUCUGAUUUCCAAGUGCCAAAUAUGGAUUGCAAGUAUUUCAGGGAGAAUGGAUACUAUUCUGACUCUGGCGUUGUCACUUUUCACAUAUUGAGCGCUCGGCUGAACACGCCGUACGAAUUCUACGGAAUUCCAUUGCGAAAUCACAAUCCGGAAAACAAGGAAGUCUUACCAACGCGAGAAGCUUUCCGGCAAAUGAUCACCGAGCGAAAAGAAUUGGCCGCAGAAUUGGAAGCAUUCUAUUCCCUAUCCAAGAAUCGUUAUCAAUUCAAAAUCAAAGACAUCUUAUCUGGUUUCAAUGGUGGGAUUCGAUUCUAUGGUAUCUACAUUUGCUCACAGUUGGAUCGCCGGAGUCAAUUCGGACGUUAUCAAAGAGUUGAGAUAAUUGCCGUCGAUCCAAAAGAGGGUUUAAUGCUUCGUUUUCUUGACUCCGGCGGAACAAUUGAAGCCGUCAACAUCACUGAUGUGUAUCAAAUCGCUUCAAAACAUUGCACGAUUGCAGCAAUGGCGCUGCAAUUGUGUUGGCAAGGAGUUCGAGACGAGGAUAUGAUGUUUUGGGUAAAAUCGGACUUUCACCCUUUCACGUUGAAAGCCUUUCGACAAAAGUUUUUCACGGAUGGACCGGUUCAACUCACACUUCUUGAGAAUCACGAUCGUAAAAAGUGUCGAUAUGGAAAAGAGCGGCCGAUUGUGUAUGAAAUGUGGAAUGUUUGCUUUUGCACGAAUAUUGAGUUGAGUCCAACGCUUACGAAAGAACCAAAUCUCUUCAAAGUGCUCAAUUUUGAUGGACAAAUCGUUGAAAGUCGUCUUGUAAACGACCCAGACGCUCCU